ACCUCCGCCUUGGCCGAUCGAAUAAAUAUCAAGCGAGAGAAUGCAUGGCCAUCUGCCUACCUUUCUGUACAGGAAGUAAUUGACUGCUCUGGGGCUGGAACGUGUGUCGCGGGUGGCGAACCGGGUGGUGUCUACAAAUACGCUCAUGAACAUGGAAUUCCACACGAGACCUGCAAUAAUUAUCAAGCCCGUGAUGGACGAUGCGACCCGUACAACCGAUGCGGAUCAUGCUGGCCAGGAGACUGCUUCUCAAUCAAAAACUAUACUCUGUACAAGGUCAAGGAGUACGGUACGGUACGUGGAAUCGAUAAGAUGAAGGCGGAAAUCUACCAUAAUGGACCAAUUGCAUGC